GCACACACGCACACACACACACACAUUCUCCCAUUACACAUUCUCUCUCUCUCACACCCACACACCACCAGCCGUCUUUCUUCAGUUCGGGUCACGAUCUGGCAGUCGUUCGCCUUGCUUAAGGAGUGUCAUAACUUGUCCAUUUAACAAUUACUCCACAGUCCAUUUGUCAUCGACUUACUUCGGCCCUCACUGCUAGGGCUACCACUCCCCUCUCACCAGCACCAGCCAGUCAACACGGGACCGAGAGUCAACACAUUUCUAUAACUGUUACUCAGUCGUGGUUAAAAACGUCCUGUAAAACAAGGGCAUAAACCUGUUCUCCAAGAAAAGUGGGAUUUUUAUGUAGCGUGGCGUUCAUUGAAAUGUCAGACCAGGGAGACAGUGUGUGCUCUUGCUCUCUCUAAAAUGAUAUCACUGUGUUCCCGUUUUUAUUGUCGGGCCGCACACUCCUAGGCGGCAACCUUUUCCCUUUAGUCGUCAGGCCGGGAUGUGUUUUACAGCUGUCGGAUGACAGGUGUUGUCACUAUGUUCCCGCCAGGCCUCAGUCUCCGUUAGCGUUCCAACAGAACGUUCCCCCAUGGCAGUUUGUCACUCAUGUUCCAUCUGCAGAAUCCUUCCUUCCCUGACACAUUCGGAGAAUUUCGAGACAUUCUUCAAAUUCCUCACACUAUUUUGACAGUUAAGGUUAUUGUUUUACAGAUUCUAUAUCAAAAGCUUGCAGGUGGAAAAAGCUUUUGAAGGUGUACAGAGAGCUUCCAGGCUUUUAGUCGGCUAAAAACGCAUUUAUACUGACACAUUAUUCAAGACGCAGAGAUAUAACCUCAGUUAUUUAAAACAUUUAUUUUUUUAUUCAACCAGGCAAGUCAGUUCAGAAUCAAUUCUUAUUUACAAUGACAGCUUACCAGGGAACAGUAGGUUAACCGCCAUGUUCAGGUUGCAGAACAACAGAUUUUUACCGUGUCCUCUCAGGGAUUCAAUCCAGCAACCUUGCGGCCCAACGCUCUAGCCACUAGGCUACCUGCCACCCGAGGACCAAAGAAAAACCAAUGAUGACAAAGCAGGUAAAACAUUCUGUCUCUAAAGGUUAGGCUUUUGAGUUGUGCUGUUGUUGUGAGAUCUUUAGGCGUUGGACAUUGCACCUUCCUCUCGUAAUCAAGAACCAUGAGACACGCAUGGUAGAUUCAUGUUUACUGUACAUGUAGCCAAUAAGAAUGAGUUAUAUAACUCAUUAUGAGCAGGUGUAGUUAGGCGAACUCUCUCUGCAACUCCAGCUGCAGUAUCCCCCGCUACUCACUAGACUACCCGCGGAGCUCUUUUUCUAAGGUCUAAGGAUUCAGAGUAGAAUACUUUGCUGUCUCUGGCAUUGUUUCUGUCUGGGUGUAUGAUUGUUUUGUUCUGUUUUGUCUGAACCCCAGGAAGAGUAGCUCUGGAUAAAGUAACAGCUAAUGGAAAUCCAAAUACAAUUCUGUCUCUCUCGUCUCUACUUCGUUGUUUUUGUGUGGGUGUAUAUGAUUGCUUUGUUUUGUGAUUUGAGUGGACCCCAGGAUCCAGGAAGAGUAGCUGUACCCAAAUGAACAAAUACAAUCUUUUCUCUCCAGUCUCUACUCCAGCGUACGCAGCCAUCCUAUCAGGAGAAGAAAAAAAACAGACCUUAGAUCAGUCUGGUGAAACUUCAUCCAACUGCAUGUGUGUUUGCCUGACUGGAAAGCCUGAUGGAGACCCUGCUAGUUUACCUGAUGGUCGUUGGCAUGGCUGUAAAGGCCCACAAGGUCCAGCUGUGCCCAAAACGCUGUGUCUGCCAGAUGCUCAACCCCAACCUGGCAACCCUCUGCGACAAGAAGGGCCUCCUCUUCGUCCCGCCAAACAUCGACCGGCACACCGUCGAGAUGCGUCUGGGCGACAACUUCGUCACGAGCAUCAAACAGCGGGACUUUGCCAACAUGACCAAGCUUCAGGACCUGACGUUGUCUCGGAACACCAUCGGUUCCAUCUCGCCUCACGCCUUUAAAGAUCUGGAGAACCUCAGGGCCUUGCACUUGGACAGCAACCGUCUGACGAGGCUCACCAACGACACCUUCAGUGGGAUGUCCAAACUUCACCAUCUCAUUCUUAACAACAACCAACUAAUUCAUAUCCACAUUGGGGCCUUCAAUGAUCUCACGGCUCUAGAGGAGUUAGAUCUGUCCUACAACAACUUGGAAAGCACCCCCUGGGUGGCCAUCCAGAGAAUGACCAGCCUCCACACCCUGGGCUUGGACCACAACAUGCUUAGCUACAUCCCUAUAGGAACCUUCUCCGGCCUGCAGAAGCUCAAACGGCUGGACGUCACCUCCAACAAGCUCCAGAAGCUUCCGCCAGACCCUGUGUUCCAGCGGGCUGGGGUUCUGGCCACGUCAGGAAGCAUGGGCCCGUCGUCAUUCGCGUUGAGUUUUGGGGGGAACCCACUGAGGUGUAACUGUGAGCUGCUGUGGCUGAGGAGGCUGAGGCGGGAGGAUGAUCUGGAGACGUGUGCAGCUCCGCAGCACCUGGCUGGACGGUACUUCUGGACCGUGUCUGAAGAAGAGUUCCUCUGUGAGCCGCCUCUCAUCACCAGACACUCCCAGGAGCUGCGAGCGCUGGAGGGUCAGAGUGUAGCUCUGCGCUGCAAGGCCAGGGGCGACCCAGACCCCAUCAUCCACUGGAUUGCGCCAGACGGCCGGCUCAUGUCCAAUUCCUCCCGGGCCGUGGUGCACAGUGACGGGACUCUGGACAUCCUCAUCACCACUGUGAAGGACUCAGGCUCCUUCACCUGUGUCGCCUCCAACCCGGCCGGGGAGGCUCAACAAACUGUGGACCUGGUGAUCGUCAAACUCCCACACAUCACCAACAGUACUGUGAAGAAGGAACCGAACCCAGGUUCUUCUGAUAUCGCCACGGUAAUGAAGACGGGUGAUGGUGGGGAGGGCGGAGGCAUGGUGCCACUGGGAAACACGAAGACGAGCCAGGAGAAGAAGGUGGUGAUCACUGAGGCAACGUCUACCUCCGUCCUGGUCAGGUUCAACUUCCAGAGGAGUAUACCAGGCAUCCGAAUGUUCCAGAUCCAAUACAACGGAACCUACGAUGACUCUCUGGUUUACAGAAUGAUCCCUUCGAGCAGUAAGAGUAUCCUGGUGAACAACCUGGCGGCCGGUACACAGUACGACCUGUGUGUGCUGGCCAUCUACGAUGACCUGGUGACCUCCCUGACUGCCACGCGGGUGGUGGGGUGUGUCCGCUUCACCACCGAGCCCCAGUACCUCCGCUGCCACUUCAUGCAGUCCCAGUUCUUGGGAGGGACCAUCGUGGUCAUCAUCGGAGGGAUCAUCGUGGCGUCUGUCUUAGCUUUCAUCAUCUUCCUCAUCGUGAGGUACCGAGUUUGUAACCAAGGCGAUGAGGAUAAGGCUUUGGAGAUGGGUGAGAUCCCAUCUCUGAGCAGUGACGGUCAGCUCCAGGGCUGCGGUGUCCCCAAGGCCAUGUCCAAAUCUCUGUCCAAGCAGAUCCUCCAGCCAGAGAAACCAGAGACGGAGGACAAGGAGUCUCUGAGGGUGGCCCUUCCUCCUCGCAAACCGGUCAAGCAGCAGCAGCAGCAACCCCCAGCCCCAACCACCACCACAUCUACCAAGCCCUCCAUCCCCGACUGCACUGUCUCUACUUCCUCAGCCAGCCACUCCUGGCACCCUGCCUCCCCGGUCACCCUGAGGCAAAAACGGGCCGAUAUCACUGUCGCCGGAGGUUCGAAACCCGGAGAAGCCCGCCGAGCCGAAGGCCAGAUGGAUGUGGAGUUAGAGAACACAAACCGUAAUAACUCGUCAGAAGCCAAAAUGGCUGCUGUUCCUGCCCGUUCCACAAAAUGGACGCCGGUCGCUAGGCGGCCGCGCCCCCCUGGAGCCUCCUCCCACCAUUACAUGACGGUACCAGCAGGGGGUGUGAGGGUGAACCGGCGGCACUCACUGAACGUGGACUCGUACAAGGAGCGCUGCUAUGUCAGCCUGGUACAGCAGCAGCCAAAACCUGGCGGGAGUUUGUGCUCCAAACGCAGUCUGUCCAUGAGUGGAGAAUUGCCCACGUUGGAGAGUGCAAUGGCAAACAUACGCAGAGGCAGAGACAAGCUGUCCCGAUCUGAGUGGCUUCUUGAAAGCACUCUAUGAUCUGGAUUUUACUGGCUUAUAGGCUCUUUGUUUUACUGGAUUGGAUUUGUGGCCCGUCGUGGAGCAUACAAUAACUUUAUGCCUUGUCUUUUAUCUACAAGACCCAUAGAUUCCUCUUGUGUAUCUGAAGACAAGGCAGCAAAACAGGGUUUUAAAAAUGUUUCACAUUUGUUUUUCUACCUAAAAAGCAAAUAUCCUCUCAAAGUCAUCUGUAUAGCGACUUCGGAUAUAACUUUGAUGAAAGGCACAAAGAAAAUGUAUAAAGCAACUUCAUGUACAAAAAUGUUGAGUUGUGUAACAUAUAGGCUAACACGAUACCCGUAAGUGUUCAUAUAGUACUGAAUGCAGUAUUCUUGGAGGUCUAGCAUCAUUUAGAGAGAGGGUGAAAAAGGGAUGGAUGAUCAAGCUUGUUAUAACAUUGCCUGUUACUUAAAGUGAUUACAAUAACUGUGUAGACAAUGAAUGGACAUAUUUCUUGUCGUCAGUUUUUCAGACAGUUGGUGACAUGUCUCAAUUAACUUGGCGGCGGUGUUUGGAGGAAUUGUGAAUGUGCCGAGAUGUAGAACACAAGGUAUCCAGGCUGUGUCCCAAAUGGCGCCCGAUUCUCUUAUAGUGCUCAACCUUUUGACCAGGGCUCUGGUCGAAAGUAGUGCACUAUAUAGAGAAUAGGGUGCCAUUUGGUCCGCACUCCUCAGUCUAGUGACAGAGCUGGAUCUUUUCAUCAGGCCGCACCAGACACACAGCACAAUGCAGCAUUCAUGGCAACCCGUCGGUGUUGAUUGAGCCUAAUACUGCCCUCCGGGUUGAAUCGAUACAUUUUUAUCACGUAAUUACACCUAAAGACUCACGCUCAUAGGAUUCCUGUCGCAACUGACAUGACAGUCUAAACCAACGCAGACAGGAUGACUGGGGCGAUUCCAAUACGUCAACAGGUGGAUGAGGCUCGAUAAAGGAUUGGUGGUCCAUUUUCAUGUUUUUUUUACUAUUAUUAAGACAUCAUUUGUCAUGUCAGGCCAAGAACCGUUGUAAAUUGACUGGUUGGUAAAAGAGAAAACGAAAGCCACAAAACAGUAGUCUAUCUGAGAAGUCGGCUCUUGAUUUUGCUGUUGUUUCUGUUUGAUGUUUACCAGUAUAAAUAAACCAAUGAGAAAAAUCUAUCUAAUGUAGAAAAUACCUGUACAGUUAUUGCUUGUGACAUCCAUUUGCCAGGUCUCUACUGUAGCUUUCUUAAGUCCUAUCACAUGAAAUGCAACACUGAGGACACAGCAGAAGUCAUUUCAGUUUCAGCUCCAUUUUCCAGGCACCGUCUGACACUAACCCUUCUGAAGUCUGACAACAUAACAUGCAGAGGGAUACCUAGCCCACAUUUUGGUAGAUAGAAUCUAUCUCAAACUACCUUCAAUCUUGAGUCAUGACUGACAAAAGAAAU